AUGUUUUUUGGUGCUUUGCUUGCAGCAACACAGGGUACUCUCAAUUCUUGUUCCUCCCUUAUUUUCAGACAUCUUACGGAUGCACUCAUAAUAGGUCAAUUUGAAUGGGAUAUGGGCAUAUUCGAUGAUUAUGAAUUCACGCAGCUUGCCAUGACAGCAGUGCGCGACUACGCCUUGUUUGGUGCUGGUCAAUUCAUCCUGGGAUUUCUUUCGAUGUGCUGUUGGCACACCGUGUGCGAACGACAGGUGUAUCAAAUACGAAAUCGUUACUUUGCAGCUGUGCUCAGGCAGGAUAUGGCCUGGUUCGAUAAAAAUGAAAGUGGGGCACUCACUACGAGGAUGAGCGAUGGCAUCGAUCGAAUUCGAGAUGGAAUAGGUGACAAACUUGGAGCGAUGUUCGCUUAUUUUGCAACUUUCAUAGCUGGAAUAAAUGUUGCUGUGUGGAAUAGCUGGGAAAUGACACUGGUGAUGGUCGCCUUCUUUCCAAUUUUCUUUGGACCUUUGACCGUUGCUUCUAAGAUUAUGGGUAAAAUUGCACCCAAAGAACAGAAAGCAUACACAGAUGCAGGUGCAACAUCUGAAGAAGUUAUACAUGGAAUUAGAACUGUCAUGGCUUUCAAUGGUCAAGAAAAGGAAAUAAAACGGUACGGUGACCACCUAAGCAAAGGAAUGAAAUAUGGAGUGCGAAAGGCACUACUUACCUCAUUUGGAACGGCGUUCAUCAUGGGGGCGCUAUUCAUCUCAAUGGCUGUAUCGUUCUGGUAUGGAACGAAGCUUGUGAUAUCUGGUAGAAUAACACCCGGAACUGUCUUUGCUGUCUUCUGGGCUGUGAUCGGGGGAGCUUUCGCUGCAGGCCAAGCUGCUCCACAGAUUGGAACACUUAUCGCCAGUAUGACGGCUGCGGCACCCAUUUUCGCUAUUAUUGAUAGACUUCCACCAAUAGAUUCGUCAUCUGCAGCAGGGAAAAUCUUUGAUACUGUCAAAGGCAAUAUAUCAAUAGAGAGCGUAAGAUUCUCCUAUCCAUCACGACCAGAGGUCGAGGUGUUAAAAGGAGUUACGAUUAACAUCGAAAGCGGUCAACAUAUCGCAUUGGUCGGCCACAGUGGAUGCGGGAAAAGCACGCUUGUUGGCUUAUUACUCAGAUUUUAUGAGCAGCAAUAA